UUAACCUUGACAGCUAAAACCUAGGUCCAGGUAAUUAGGGUUCUUGGGGGUGUUUCGCAAAAUGGGGGAGGAGAAGCGCGAGAAUCUCAUGGAGUCGCUCUUCGGGGAGGAGUCGGAUGACGACGCCGAUGCCGCUGCCUCCUACUCUGAGGAGGAGGGCGAAGGCGAAGGCGAGGCAGAGGGCGGUGGUGCCGAGAGCGGUGGCGACAGGGAAGAGAGCGAGGGCGAGCGGGAAGCCAGUGAGGGCGACAAGGAGGAGAGCGAGCAUGAGAGAGUGUCCAGGAGGAGCAGUGAUGACGGAGGUGGUGAAGAAGGGAGCGCCGCCAGCGGCUCUGAGAACGAUGGACAAGUCCAGGAAAGGGAAGCAACUCGCAGCGAGGAGGUGGAGGAGCAGCGUGGUGCUAGAAUUCGUGCAGCAUUGGGUGAUUCUGAUGACGACGAUCAGGAGGAAGGAGGAGUUGACGGCCCUCGCAAGCCAUCGAGUCCAGAGGGGGAGGGCUCGGACUUGGAGGGAAGCUACCACAAAGAUAGUAAGCGGGGUGCAGAGGAUGACGAGGAGCAGUAUUACUCUGAUGAAGAGCGCGCAGAAAUCAAGAAACCCAAGGGUGAACCUCUUACAGUAGAAGUUCCACUCAGGCAACCUCCAACUCAGGCUCACAACAUGAAUCUCGUCAGGAUCUCCAACAUUAUGGAUAUAGAGCAAAGGCCUUUUGAUCCAAAGACAUACGUCGAAGAGGAUGGAUUUGUUGAUGAAACUGGCCGACGCCGUAUACGUAUAGAGGAGAACGUGGUGCGCUGGAGAUACGUCAGGAAUCGGGAUGGCUCGCGCUCGGCCGAGAGCAACGCCCGGUUUGUGAAGUGGUCCGAUGGUAGCAUGCAACUUCUUCUCGGCAAUGAAGUUCUGGAUCUUGCUGUUCAAGAUGGGCAACAAGACGAAUCACACUUGUUUAUCCGUCAGCCCAAGGGAUUAUUACAAGCCCAAGGGAGGCUGGCACGUAAGAUGAGAUUCAUGCCUUCGUCGUUGAGAUCGAAGUCGCACCGUCUCUUAACUGCUCUCGUGGAUUCUACGCACAAGAAGGUGUUCAAAGUGAAGAAUGUGAUCACGGACUUCGAUCCCGAGAAGGACAAAGAACAAAAAGAGAAGGCAGCAGAACAGAGGAUUAAAAGCAAAGAAGAUCUCCAAAAAAAGCAGGAGAAGACGAUGCGUAAAUACCCCCCUACACGGGAGAGAGAACCUCAGCUUUCUCCUGGAUACCUUGAAGGGGCGCUUGAAGAGGAGGAUGAAGAUUAUGACGACGAGGGGCGUAGCAACCGACGGUACCAAGACCAGCUUGAUGCCGAAAGCAGGGCGGAGAGACGAAUCAACCAGGUUAAGCGGCAACCACCAAAGGCAAUGGAGCGACGCCCUUCUUCGCGGAGCAGGAGGGAUAUUUUGGAAGACGAGGAUUCAGACGAGAGCGACCGCAAUAGAGGUGCGCGAGGUGAUGAAGGUGAGGAAGAGCAGGAAGAUGACGAGGGGGAGGAAGAAGAGGAGGAAGUGGAGGCAAGGGAUAGCCGCCGCAAGAGGAAAGACAGGGACAGGGAACAGCUGCAGCAGCAGCAAAAUUCGCCUCCCAGAAAGCAGCAAACGCACAGGCGGAGAGCAGUAGUUAGUGACAGCGAUGAAGAUUGAUCGGAUCUAUCGAUGGAUGGAGCUCACUAUUCUUAUUUAUUAUACAAGCGAAAAGAUCGUGUUUGCCACUAA